ACAUGUUUUGACAGAUCGCCCAAAGAGAGCGAACUGGAAGCCAAGCCGCAUUUCAAUCGGAGCAUUGUGUCUGGAAUCGCCCAAUCCCAAUCCCAAUCAGAAAAAGGUUGCGCGCCCUUUCUUGAUUACCUAUCCUGCGUAGUACAUGAGAACACCUGACGGUACCCGUGGCGGGACGGCUAGCGCCCGUCGGAGAUUCAGCUUGUGAGGCGUUGCGAGCACUCGUGUGUGCCUAGAUCCCGGUGUGAGUUGAGACAAUUUCCCCACACUGGUCAUUUCAACCUCUUACGAUUGUUUGAGUUUGGAAACACGAGUGUGGAGCGCCGUCUGCUGGGUCCUCGGACAAUUUAAAGAGUUCAUAUUGCCUGUCCGAAUGACGACCGCAUGGCGCGCAAGGCCCGCCAGCGGAUCAGCUACGUGUUACCGCUCGCGCGUUCGACCGGCGGGCACCUGCUAGGCGUCAAUGGAUUAGCAGUCGAUAAGCAGCGUUCCAUCUUGUACUCAGGUGGACGCGAUGGAGUCAUUUGUGCGUGGGACGUCAGCGCUCCUGGCGGACCACAUGAUGACCCUGAGUCCGGGAACCUCGCCCGGUCAACGCCGAGCAAUCCGUCGGCUUCCCUCAGAACGCAAGCGCAAGCACACACGCAUUGGGUUAAUGACAUUGUCUUAACGCAGAACAAUUCUGCCUUGGUGUCAGCUUCAUCUGAUAUCACAGUAAAACUGUGGCGACCGGAUGCCGAGGACGGGCAGCUUCCGCAGACCAUUGGGCUACACAGUGAUUACGUCAAGUGUUUAGCCUCCCCCGGCCCUCGAGCAGACUGGGUCGCUUCAGGAGCACUAGACAAGAAAGUGUGUUUGUGGGAUCUUGCUGGUGGUGGGGAAAGGCUUCAAAUCAACGUAGGCGAAGGUGAGGCAAGUGCGAAAGGUUCAGUUUAUGCUCUCAGCGCGCGCGACACCAUCCUGGCCUGCGGUGGGCCUGAAAGCAUUGUUCGAGUUUGGGAUCCAAGGUCAGGCCGCCGCAUCACAAACUUUGUCGGGCAUACCGAUAAUGUUCGAGAUAUCCUGAUUAGCGAAGAUGGCGGGACUAUCAUGUCUGCGUCCUCUGAUCAGACGGUGAAGGUCUGGUCGGUGACGGCAGGGAGAUGCAUGCACACACUCACGAUGCACAACGAUAGCGUGUGGUCUCUUUAUUCUGAUCACCCUCAUCUUUCCGUCUUCUAUUCGGGUGACCGAUCGGGGCUCAUUGCAAAGACAGACUCGCGUCGUGUAGCUGAGUGCAGCGACGGCAUGUGUAUAGCAGUUUGCCAGGAGCAUGAGGGCAUCAACAAAGUUGUUGCGUCGGAUGAUUCUAUAUGGACCGCGACAUCGAGCUCGAGUAUCAAUCGCUGGAGUGAUGUGGAUACCGAUGUGGAUGUCCAGCUCCCAGAAAAUAUGUCCCAUCGACGUCACUCGAGUAUUGCGUCACGUUCCCGCUUCUCUCUAUCUGGUCCUUCCAAUCCAUCAACCGGAAAUGAUGCCUCUAAAAAGCAGAUACCCAUGAGCUGUUUGCUCCGCUUGUCAAAUACAGCGACCUUUCCCUUUCCUUCGAAGCAUCAUCGCGACAGCGAAGCUGCUACAGUUUAUUCCGCUGCUAGUAUCCGACGGGGCUCUGAAACGUACGAGGAGGAGAGCUUUGUGACCGGAACACCUUUGUACCAACUACCGAUUGACUGCAUUGAAGGUCAGCAUGGAUUGAUAAAGCAUGUCAUGUUGAAUGAUCGUCGAAGGGUGCUUACACUUGACACCACUGGAGAGGUCAUGAUGUGGGAUUUGGUAAAGUGUGUCUGCAUCAAAUCGUUUGGUAAGCGGCAUUUGGAAGAUGUGGCACCGGAGGUGAAUACCACAGAAUCAGUCGCCAAUUGGUGCGCGGUGGACACGAGGACUGGUCGCCUGACAUGUAUCCUCACGGAAAACUAUUGUUUUGAUGCCGAGGUCUAUGCCGAUGAGCUGAAUUUGGACCAGCAGAUUGAAUUUCGAGAAGAUCAGCGAAUCAACCUUGGAAAAUGGGUGCUACGAUAUCUCUUUGCCAAUCUUAUCGACGAAGAGAUAAAGCGUGAUGGCACAUACCGCGCAGCCUUGAACGAAGGCAGCGGCCGUUCAGAGGGGCCCUGGCGUAGGAAUGCCCCUCCCUCUAUUGAGCUUCCACCGGCAAGCAUGAAUGGUUGGCAGGCACACAAACCUGGACCUAGCUCGGCACUCACUCCUCAAGCCAAUGGCUACUCCCGACCGGCUGUGACUCCCGGCCUGUCAAUCGGGCUUGCUACACCCAACAUCCAACCAAUGAUGCACACGCAAAAUGCGGCACACAAAGACAACACUCUACCAGCUAUGGCUGAGGAAGGUUCUGAUCUUGAGAAGAGAGUCUCUCAUCAUAGCCAGUCAACUGCGUCUAUGGAAAAGCCUACAGAUUAUUUUUCCGCCGGGCCCGUGGCCAAUCCUCCUGUUACACCAGGGGGAAGUUCAGCAAAGGGCGGCGAGGGCACUUUGGACGAGAACGCUCCUCUUUCGCCCCAAGAUGGUGAGAAGGGAACACCAGCCAAAGAAGGAGGAUCUCGCUUCUCGAAGAAAUUUCGCAUGUCCUUUAGCACCAAAAAGAACCCGAAACCAGCGCCGGCGGAGGCGCCAAAGCCUGCUCCCGUCGAUGAAAAAUCGGAGGACUCGGACGCAAAGUCAUCGGGAAGCGAGGAAAAAUCGGUAGAAGACAAUUUCUUUGGCGUGGUGCAGAAGAUUAGGUACGGGUACCAAGAUGCAGUACAGGCGCAGGAAGAAGGGCCUCUAGCUGUGGGAAUCCUUCCCAGCCUCCCCAACGAGACGCCGGUAUUAAAGCCGCCUCCGGAGACAACUGUUAUUAUUCAGGAGGAACACCCUGACCUAGGUGGUGUGGCCGAUUUAUUUCGGGGCACUGUCGCUUCGGUUGGCAAGGAAGCUGAUGCAAUAGAGAAGCUGGCGCCAAUGUGGCUAGGAGAUCUCUUAAUUCGGAAUCAAAUUCCGGUCAAAGACAUGCCGAAAAUUUCCUUUGUCUUGUAUCCUUAUCAGGACCUCUUGCCAAGCGUAGCUGGCGAAGACGGCAGCAACACGCGAUUGAAUGCAAAUAGAAUGCUGCGGGCCAGGAAAAUCCUUGGAUACGUAGCAGAGCGCAUCGAACCGCAGCCAGAAAAGCCAGAUCCUGACGCUCUGAAACCUGAGGAGUACCUGGAGCUUUAUUGUCAGAACCAAGUCGUCCUGCCAACUAUGACCCUCGCAACUCUUCGAACUUACGUGUGGAAAGGUGGAGGUGACAUUGUUCUCUACUACAAAGCCAACGGAAAGAAGGCGAUCGGUCGAUCCCCUUGACAUCUGGAUGCGACUAUGAACAUGCAGUAGAACUUGUGUCUGUUUUGUGUUCUUUCGUCAACGCCAUGUUUGACAAUGUUGGAUACCAUUCUUUCAAGCAUCUUCUCUACCAAUUCUUGGUCUGUGCGGGUAAUAGAAUGUGUAUAUAUUCUCUCUAUAUAAAGGCGAGAGACGCAAUGGCGUCCAUCAGCUGUAUCUAGAAUGUAUAUAUCUUUUAAUACAAAGCAUCUGGAU